AUUCUUGUCCGGUUGUACGAGAUAUAUAAAGAGCUUGCGGUUUAUAGGGUUUUAUCCGCGCGAACCCCAUAUCCAUUCCAGUGGGUUUCAGAGAGAGAUAGAGCUCCAUCAAUGGCGCCGAGCGACAAGAAGACGAGGUCGACGAGCAGAAACCCGGAACUGAUCCGUGGGAUACGAAAAUACUCACGGUCGAAAAUGUAUCACAAGAGAGGACUGUGGGCCAUCAAGGCAAAGAACGGUGGAUCUUUUCCCCGCCACGGCCCCAAACCCUCUCCCCCAAAACCCACAGAGAAGCCUCCCAAAUUCUACCCUGCCGACGACGUCAGGCUGCCUAUCGCUAACCGUCACAAGCCCAAGCCCACCAAGCUCAGGGCGAGCAUCACUCCCGGAACAGUUUUAAUAAUCUUGGCUGGGAGAUUCAUGGGGAAGAGGGUUGUUUUCCUGAAACAGCUCCUGUCCGGGUUGCUUCUUGUCACUGGGCCAUUUAAGGUUAAUGGUGUUCCACUAUGACGGGUAAACCAAGCAUAUGUGAUUGCCACAUCCACCAGAGUUGACAUUUCUGGUGUCGAUGUUGGAAAAUUCAAUGAAAAAUAUUUUGCCAAGGAAGCAAAGAAGAAGAGGAAGAAGGGAGAAGGCGAGUUUUUUGAGGCAGAAAAAGAGGAAUCAAAGGCCCUCCCACAAGCCAAGAAGGAUGAUCAAAAAGCCGUGGAUGCCCAGUUGAUUAAGUCUAUUGAGGUUAUUCCAGACUUGAAUGCUUACUUGACUGCCAGGUUUUCUCUUAGGUCAGGCAUGAAACCUCAUGAGCUUGUUUUCUAGAAGAAAUGCUGUGGAGGUGUUAGGAUUCCAUCUCUCUGGGAUUUUUUAUUUUUAUUUUUUUAAAAUUCUAGUCAUAGUCACUUUUUUGGUUUUAAAUGGUGACAUAUAUCUGCCUGUUUGUUUAUCCUUGUUUAUCCCAGUUUUGCUUCAUAUUCAAGACAUUUUCAUUAUUCAAUCUUUUCAGCAGAGUAUGCUGUGUGGAGCAAUACAUAGUAUGUCAAGGUUGUGAAUUAUAUGCUAACUUAGCUAUGAGCUUCAGGAUUA